UCUCUCCCUUCUCCCCCUUAAAUAAAUAUAAAACCAAACCUCAGCUGCUACUGCUCGCAUCUUUCCCACAUCAAACAAUAUACGCCUUACUGCAAUUCACUUUCUGCUGCCCUCUGCAAUUUUCAACACCAAUUGUUCAAAACCCACUAAUACUUGGAUCCAAAGGAUUCUCCAAGAGCCUCUUGCUAAUGAACAGUGGUUUGCCUGAAAUGUUGCAUUGUCUCAACACCAAUUCAGGAAGUACUGAUAUGACCGUGAUUCAGCGCCAACGUUCACGCCUCAAGUGGCAGCAACAACAGUUAAUCCAACACCAACCCCUUGCUUAUUUCAAUGAAAGGGAGGCGUUGGGUGCUUCUCUUUUGACCUUGAAUAAUGAUCAGGGUCUUGGUGAGAUGCUGGCGCCUGGAGCAAUGAAGCCCGACCCAGGUGAAGAAAACGGGUGGAGCGAUGAUUUCCGGAGGGUGUUGAAUUAUGGGAAUGGGUCCGAGUUUGAAAUGAGUUAUCCUAUUCCAAGGACUGUCAGCUGCCCGCCGAACGUGGCGGCAGCAAUGGCGGCAGAGGUGGCGGCGGAUAAAGGUAAGGAGGCUGCUCUGAGUUCCGAGACCGGCAGAGAGAGUUCCAAGAAGAGAAAGGCUUAUAAAACUCAAAACCUUAAGGUAGUUGCAGUAGACAAAUCCGAGGAGAAAAAGAUGAAAGGAUGUGUAGAAGAGGAAUCUAAGAUCACGGAGCAGAAUAGCAAUAGCAAAAGCACCACCACUACUGGUAGCACCGCCACCAACAACAAGAACUGCAAAGGGCCCUCUGCCAAUAAUUCAAAGGAGAACUCAAAAGCCUCUGAUGUUCCAAAGCCCGACUAUAUUCAUGUCCGUGCCCGUCGUGGACAAGCCACCGACAGCCACAGCUUGGCCGAAAGAGUAAGAAGAGAAAAAAUAAGUGAAAGAAUGAAGUACCUGCAAGAUUUAGUUCCAGGGUGCAACAAGAUAACUGGGAAGGCUGGAAUGCUCGACGAGAUAAUCAACUAUGUCCAGUCUCUUCAAAGACAAGUAGAGUUCUUAUCUAUGAAAUUGGCUGCAAUCAAUCCAAGACUGGAUUUUGAUAUCGACAACUAUCUAGCUAAAGAGAUUUUUCCAGCUUGUACAUCUAACGUUCCCACAAUCGGGGCAUCGGCUGAAAUGGUCAAUCCUUCUCACCUUCAGUUCAAUUCAUUAGGCCAUGAACUCUCAGGUACCGCUCUGGAAAUGUGUGUAAAUCCUUUGGAUAUCACACUCAGGAGAACGAUUAGUGCUCCUGUAUCAAUCCCGGAUACAUUUCUUGACUCAUCCAGUUUGAAUCAAAUUCAGCACCUAACAUGGGAGGAUGAACUACAAAAUCUCUACAGCAUGGAAUACCAACAAGAAAGAUCAACAUCAUUUAUCUCUCAGCCAUUUGCAGGUACAGAAAACAUGUCUUUUCAAACUCUGAUCCCCUGUUCCAUAUCUUACACAAAUUAGGCAUAUUGGGCAGUGCCAAAAUUGAUGAGGACCAUGGAUCCCCACCAAUUUAAAGAAAUAUAUCUGUUAAGAGUUAUGUGGUCCUCAACAUGAAGUUACUUAUUUGGUAUCUUUCUUUUCCUGUCCUUCACUUAAACUGAAAUGAUUGAUGAUCUAAAGCAGUUGAGUUUUUUUUCCAUGUCAGUAAUUCCCAAUCACAAAAACAUAACUUGCACUUCAUAAAUGUUUCAAAUCUACCCUAAACAACAAGUUCAAAUAUGAAAUGUCAAAUUUAUUCCAAGGUCUGAAUUCUAAAACUACAUAAAACUUCAUUUUUGCAGGUUUCCCCGAAACAGGGCAUGUGAAGCUGGAGAUGUGAAUCACAGUACAAAAUAUAGAAAAUCCUUGAACAAGUCCGAUUCAAGUGCUGAUCCUCAUCUUUAUCCAGUUUCAAACUAAAUGUCGUAUAUAUCUUAUGCAUGAUCCAUGUGCAGUGAGAAAUAUCAGCAAUGAAUACGAUUAGUAAAAGAUAACAUGAAGUAGCCAAUUUUGUUUCCAGUUUCCUCUGUUGUUAUGAAUCUCUCUUUCAGUACACAAUUUUUUUGCAGAUAACAGGGGCAUUUCAUUGUAUAUCUAUAUCAGCCAGAAAAAGUAUAUAAUAUGAUUACUGACAAAUGCUGAAUGAUAUGAAUCAAUGUAACAUCAGCAACAGGGAUUUUGCAAUGAUAAUACAAAAGGGUCACAUUCAUCAA